UUUCCCGGUAGAACUGCACUUGGAAACAGCUCAAAUAAACCCGAACAACGAAAAUCGCAAAUGAGUCAGUCACUUUUGACAAUUCUUAAAAUUUAAGUUUGUCCAGUAGUGUGCAGCAAAAAUGCAUUGCAAACAAAUAAAAUUAGGUGAUGUCUGGCGCACUUGUAAUAAAAUCCGCGCAGCGGUCUUUCGGACAAAUCUAAAUCUUUGGGAGUACUUCUGUCAUCUCGACCCGAACAAAAAUUCCAUAAUUUCUGAGUCACAGUUUAUUUCAGUUUUCACCGGUCAUUUGCAGGCGAUUAUUGGUCUCUCGGACCAAGAAAUUUCAGAACUUGCGGAUUAUUUCAGAAUUCAGGAUGGUCGUAUCCUGUAUACGCAACUGUGCGAAGUUAUUUAUGACAGCGUGCCUGAUUUUUCACAAAAUGCCCCCUUAGUCACUGGUCUUGAGUGGGAAGACCCUCUCCAUGUAAACCGACUGAGCAUAAGUGAAGAAAGACGCUUGAAUCUUCUUCUAACUAAAAUUGCAUGUGUUGUGAACAUGAGAAAUUUGCUGCUGAGGCCGUAUUUCCAAGACUACGAACUUAUUUCUAAAAACAACGGAACUGUAACAAUCGGUCAUUUCGCUCGAGUUUUGGACUAUUUAAAAAUUCUAGUCUCGCCAGACGACUUUACUCUCUUAUUGAAAAAAUACCUGAAGGACAGUUACACAGUAAAUUAUGUCGCAUUUAUUGCGGCAAUCGACGAGAUUGUAAAAUACCUGGACCAGCACGGCGUCAUGGACCUGAGUGGCGACGUCCUGAGCCUAUUUCCGGGAAGAAUAAUCAACGCAGAACUGCCCAAACUGCCGCGACCCGAAAUCGGCAAACAACUAGCUGCGAGCAUUUUCGGCAAACAAAGCAUCUUUCAUUCCGCGUUAAACGAACCGAAACAAACGCAAGACUUGGUCGCUACAAUUAAACGAAUUCAAAGACACGUUUUGGAAAAUAGAUUACGGGUGUCGGAAUUUUUCAAAGACUUUGAUGCGCUAAAUAGUGGACGCUUGACCGUGUCGCAGUUCCACCGAGGGCUGGACAUGCUGGGGAUCAGUGGUAUCCAGAGACUUUACUUGUCUUUGCCUGAAAUUGAGGCCAUAAUGAUACAAUAUCGCGACCCCUGUGACCCCACUCGAGUGUGUUGGAAGACGUUUGAAGACGAUAUUGACCAGGUUUUCACUACCAAAGAGCUGGAGAAGUAUCCGUGUUUGUGCGUGGAUGCGCCCCCGCGUGAAAUUGUCGAGUUGCCCAGAAUGGGGGGCAAAGACUGGCAAAAAGUAAAUCCCGCCUCCAGAGAAUUGUGCGAAGAAGCGGUUGAUAAAGUCAAGCAAAGAGUUACGAAAAGACGAAUCAUGUUAAAACCAUCCUUUAGGGACUAUGACAAGCACAACAAUGGUUACGUUUCGCGUUCGCAAAUGCGCCAGUGUUUACUGUCUAAUGGUAUUCUCUUGUCCGAUGAAGAGUUGUAUGCUUUGGAAGAGCGUUUUAAUAACGAGGUUGGUUUCAACUACUUCUGGUUUCUGAGGGAGGUUGAGCCGAAGAGUUGCGAGGACCGCUGUCCUGGUGCCAUCCACCACGAGGUCUGUGGCGAAGAAUACGUGAAAAAGCCCGUGCCUCGGGCCGAGCAAGACAUUGUCCUGAUUAUGGCCAAAAUCAAGGGCAAGGUUGUGCGUGAGCGAAUCCGAGUGAUGGAGUUUUUGCGUGAUUUUGACAAGUGCAACCAAAGUGUUAUUUCUCGUGAAGAUUUCAAGCGGGGUUUGUCGGUUUGUCGCUUCGAUUUGACCGAAAACGAGAUGGAAACGCUGAUGGAAGUUUUUGCCUCGCCUUUGAGGCGCGAAUGUGUGGACUAUCGCCGGUUUUCGGACGUGGUUGAGGAGGCUUUCACUCAGCAAAGCCUGGAGCGUGCUCCUUUAAUCGUCCCCCUGCAGCAUAUCCCGACCAGGGACGGCGAACGGAAUUUCCUCAAUUUCGACGAAAGAGUGCUGCUGUCCAGCGCAAUGAAUAAGCUAUCGAAAAAGCCCGAAAUGGAGCUCAAUUUGAUUCAAAUCUUCCAGGAUUAUGACAAGACCAACUGUGGGACGGUUUCGGGCGAGCACUUCGAAAGGGCGCUGUCGCUGCGGGGCCUUCUUAACAUCAUCACGAGACAGGAAUUCGACGCUGUUUGCAAAUGCUUCAGUUUCGAGAGGGGGCUGCGGGACGAGAUCGACUACCGGGCGUUCAUUAAGGGGCUCAACAUCCUCUACAAUAUAAAUAAAUACAAACCUUUCUGAAAAUAUCGCGGGCAAAUAUAUUGAUAUUAUUCGA